AUGUAUUGUUUACAAUGGCUAAUUCCCGUGCUGCUUAUACCUAAACAUUGGCUCCAUCCAACGUUCAUUAUUGACCAGGCUCUCUUCAUGUGGUUUUAUGUUGUUGGGUUUUUUAUGGAAAGAAGGCCUUGCUAUAUAUGCUCCAUAAUAUUUUUUACGGCUGUUGGAUUAUUAUGUUGGAGUGAUAGUGAUUCUUGCAUAUUUUGGCCCUCCUGUGAUACCGUUUUCAAUGGAGAAAUGUGCGCAUAUGUGCGCGAGAAAAGGCAAUGGCUCUCGUAA